AUGGCUCGUGCGAUAAAGUCGGAAAUUAGAAAAGACUGCAUCGAUGGCGUGGACUACCCGCUGGAGCACGACAAAGCAGCGAGUCACAUAGGCACCCGCGCGGCCAAGGAGCGACAGCGCCGAGUGCUCCUCAAGGUCAUCUGGAGCCAAGCCGGAGGUUGCCUUCUUCUUACGGUGGUCUGGUUCCUCCUGGAGUGGCGCAUAUCGAAGCUGCGCAAAGCCGAAGCUUUGGAUGUGGAUGAGGUGAUCGCCGCCCAGAAGUCGCGCUUGCAGCGGGCAGAGCGGCGUCGCAUCGGCCCGCCGCCUUCGCACGCGGAGGACGACGGCUGGGGCGCGGUCCAGCUCGGGUGGGCCGGGCAAAGCCUGGAGCCUUGGGAACCAGCCAAAGACUUGCUGGAGGAAGAGGAAGACGACUAG